CAAGUACGGACAAGACAUUAUAUCUUGUAGUUGUUUUCAAAUAGUGUACUUUAUUAUAAAAAACUUUGAUCUAUAUAUUUUUAUAAGUAAUUUCAAACAAAUCAGAGAAAUGGCAGAUAAAUAUAAAUUAUCUGAAGGUGCAUUGGCUGUAUUAAUGAGAGGUGAUAAAAUAGAUAAUCCAAUAAUGCAAGUGUUGGGCAGCAAGAAGCUUGCCACAAAUGACCCUGACAAGGAGAGACAUCGCAUGAUGCUCUCAGAUGGAAAAUAUCUAUUCUCAUUUGCAAUGUUCACCAACCAGAUCAGCAAUUCGAUUUUGCUAGGAGGUGACUUUGAAAUGUUCUCAAUCAUCAAGAUUAAGAGAUCCGUUACAAGUGAAAUAAAUAAAGAUAAAAGUGCUGACAAAAAAAUUUUAGUGAUUAUGGAUUUUGAAUUUGUUGCCAAAGGUAGUGAGGUAGGAUACAAGAUUGGAAAUCCUGAACAACUGCCUGCCAAUUUAUCAAAGGAAAGCACUGAUCCUCCUAAACCAAUGCAAACCAAUGCAAACUCAACUGCACGAAUGAAAACAUCAGUUCCAUCAAUUAGUGGUAUUAACUUGAAUAAUACCAUGCAAGGGAAAGCUACACACUCCAUUUCUACUAUUACUCCCUAUCAAAACAAGUGGGUUAUUAAAGCUAGGGUGACAAACAAGUCCAAUAUUCGUACAUGGAAAAAUGCUAAAGGUGAAGGCUCAUUGUUCUCAUUUGAUUUGCUUGAUGAAAGUGGUGAAAUCAGAGUUACAGCUUUCAAAGAAUCAGUUGACAAGUAUUAUGAUAUCAUUCAGGUGGAUAAAGUUUAUUACAUUAGUAAGUGCAUGACUAAAAUGGCAAAUAAGCAAUAUUCAUCAUUGAAGAAUGAUUAUGAAUUAACGUUAACUAAUGAUUCCGUCGUUCAGGAGUGCGAAGAGGAAACAGACAUUCCUACAACAAAAUAUGAUUUUGUAACGAUUGAUAAACUUGCUAACAUGGAAGUUGGAACCAUUGUUGAUUGCAUUGGAAUAGUUAAGCAAGCAUCCGACGUGCAAACAUUCACUGCAAAAUCCUCCGGCAGAGAAUUAAAGAAAAGAGAAUUGAUUAUUGUCGACCCUUCCAAGGCUUCGGUAUCUGUAACAUUGUGGGGAGAUACUGCUGAAAAUUAUGAUUACACUUUACCAGUUGUCGUUAUAAAAGGUGGUAAAAUAGGCGAAUUCGGCGGUGGAAAAAAUCUUGCAGUGUCUAUGAAUGGUUUCCUCAAAUAUAAUCCAGACAUCCCAGAGGCUUUCAGUCUUCGCGGAUGGUACGAUAAUGGUGGAUGCAACGAAGAGGCAUCUAAUAUUAGUGCCAGAUCAAAUAUGGGCGGUUUCCAAGCCAAUUGGAUGAGCUUCCGGGAAGUGAAAGACCAGGAUCUGGGUAACGUCGAGAAAGGAUACUACUAUCAAACUGCGGGUACAGUUAUACUGGUACGCGCCGAAAACAUCUUCUACAAAGCGUGUCCGCAGGAGAAUUGCAACAAGAAAAUUGUUGAUCUCGAGAACGGCACGUACCGAUGUGAGAAGUGCAGCAGCGAAUACCCAAACUUCAAAUACAGAUUGCUGGGCAAUGUGAAUGUUGGUGACUGGAGUGGCAAUCAAUGGGUGAGCAUGUUUUCAUCAGAACUGGAGAUAUUGCUUGGUAAAACUGCGCAAGAAGUUGGAGAAAUUGCUGAAACCGAUAAUGACGGUCUCAUGCAAAUCACCAAUGAAGCAAAUUUUAAACAGUACACCUUCAGAUGCCGUGCGAAAAUGGAGAAAUACAAUGAUGAAGCGAGAUUAAAAACGGUUGCUAUUAAAGUAGAACCGCUUAAUUACAAGGAAUAUAAUUCUCAUUUAAUAUCCAGAAUUCAACAGCUUGCUUCCUAAAUUGCUUUCUUUUCUAUAGCUUAAGUUACUAUUAGUGUGUAUAAUUUGUUUUUCUUAAUGUAGGUAUUA